UAAGUCGAAUUUCCAAGAAAUUUUCGCUCCUUCCUAGACCAAUUGUCCGAGUUAAUGGAAUUCGACUGUUUUACUACAGUACAUACCUGUACUUUUUUUUUUUAUGUAAAAUUUAAUUACGACAGCUCGGUCAUCAGCGAUGAUGACUAAUGUCAGAAAUUUAGUAAAAGUCUGCGGCUCAAAGUUUAAAAAUAACUACUCUAAAAUGAACAGUGAUUCAACAAGUAUUCAUUCAAAUAAAGAUGCUGAAAUUUAUGAUGUACCAAUGAAUGUAUUAUUGAGACCAUUCCCACCGGAAGUUAAUGAAGAGAAAGUUAAAAGUUUGAUGGAGACACUGAGUGAUCCAGAAACUGAAUCAUUGGUACCACCUAUUGAUGUCUUAUGGAUCACUGGUACCGAAGGAGGUGAUUACUAUUAUUCAUUUGGUGGGUGUCAUCGAUAUACUGCUCACAAGCGUUUAAACAGACCGACAAUCAAAGCAAAACUUGUAAAGUCAACGCUGACCGAUUUAAAAACUUAUCUUGGUAAUUCAACUCCGGAUUUGAAAUAAUGCGCCACAACUAAAUUAUUUUUUUUGAAAUUUUAUUCAAGUUAUAUUACUCAUAUUUUUAUAUACAAUUUUAUAAAUCGAGUUUUACAGAAAACAAAAAAUAAUGUUAACUAUUAUAAAAAUAUAAUUAAAGUAUAAGUAAAAAAAUUUUCAGUGGUAAAUAAUCUGGAAGUUUAACAAACUGCAUUUU